AUGAAGACUGGGAUGUUCCCUUCAUUUGGGCAGCAAAUGCCAAAUAAUCAGCCUCCUCAGUCUGUGGGGUUUUUCCAGCCUUCAGCAUUUGGGCAGCCGUCUGUUUUAAAUCAACCUCCUCAGCAUGGAAACCCUCUCUUCGGACAAGGCUCUGCUUUCGGCCAGCCGUCCACACAGCAGCAGCAGCAGCAGCAACAACAGCCUCCAGUGAGCCAGCCUCCAGCUUUUGGGAUGAGCCCCUCUGGAUUUGGUGGUGGAGGUAGUACUAGUGGUGCUCCUCCAGCUUUUGGGCAGACAACUGGAUCAAGUCAGGGUUCAGUGUUUGGGCAGACGACACCUGCUUUUGGGCAGGCUUCCGCUUUUGGGCAGGCGGCAGGAUUUGCUCAGCAGCCUCCAGGAUUUGGGAAACCACCACCUCCGUAUGGACAACAGCAACAACAGCAGCAGCAGCAGCCGUCUGGAUUUGGAAGCUCUCAGAUGAUGUCUUCUUCAGGCUCCAACACGACUUUAGGGCAACCUCAGCCGCUCAGUUUUGGACAGUCUGUGUUUGGACAGCCAGCAUCCACCAGUGUCCCCACCAGUAGUGUGUUUGGACAACCAGCAUCCACCAGUGUCACGGCCACCAGUGUGUUUGGACAGCCAGCACCCACCAGUGUCUCCACCAGUAAUGUGUUUGGACAACCAGCACCCACCAGUGUCUCCACCAGUAGUGUGUUUGGACAACCAGCAUCCACCACUGUCUCCACCAAUAGUGUGUUUGGACAGCCAGUGUCCACCACUGUUCCCACCACCAGUGUGUUUGGAGUAGGGUCGACCCAGAGCAGAAGUUUUGGCACAUCCGAAUUCAGCUUCAAGCCAGCCAACGAGGCUCUUUUCAAACCUAUCUUCAGCGCCAGUCCCGAGCCCACUAACCCUCAAACUACUUCCUUAUCCAGCUCACCUUUUGGCAGCAGUAAUGCGCCCCAGACCAGCUCCACCAACAUGAGUAGCAGCGGCGGCACCACCACUGGCUUCCCCGUCUUGACCGGAGCUAAAUCUGGACCUCUUGGUUUCAGCUUCUCUCAGCCUGCUGCAGCCCCUUCAAUCUCUACCCAAAAUAACCCUCUAACAACGGGGGCUAACAGCGGCCCCUCCAGUACUCUCCAGUUCACCUUCUCCCAACCGGCUGCCCCCUCCAGCUCCAACACUAAAGGCUCCACCAACCAGCCCACUACCCCGUCGUCUUUUAGCUUCUCAGCCAAAACCAUCCAACCACAGACGGCGUCCAUUUUUACAGGAACCAACUUUGUGCAGCCCUCAGCUUUUGGAGACACCAAAGCAAACGCAGAGGCCGGUUCAGAUGAUAAAGGGAGCAGCCUCGAAGGUUUAGGGGACACUAAUAUAUUUGCCCGGUCCAGCAAAGGCACCAAGCGUAAAGAGGAUGCAGUGGUCCCAAGUUCUGGCCCAGAGAAGCCCCCUGCAGAGGAGGAUGUUCCAGCAGAAACAGAUUUACCCAGACAUCCCCCAAAGAGGCCCCUGAUGAGGUCCCGUGGGCCCCCACCAGGGUUAUUCGGCAGGGCACUGAGCGGACUGAGAAGAGAUGUUCCGGUGAGACGAGACGCUGCGAAGGAGAGUCAGCAGCAGGCGUCCGAGCUGGAGGAGGCGGAGGGUGAAGAUGUCCAAACUCAGGAUGAAAACCUGACCGCUGCGACUCCUGAAGCCCAAACACUGACGAGAGAGGUGAUGGAAAAAGCUGAUGAGACAGAUUCAGCGGUCGUUCCAGAACCGCAGAUUGAAACCACGACUCCAGAGCAGCGUGGCUCACGGCGAGAGAGCAUGGAGAGCCUCAGCGGCGGCUCCGCUGACUGCACCACCCUCCAGUGUAGGAACGUUCCUCCAGCCCUCAACAAGAAGGAGCUGAUCGAGAAGCACUUCGGUCGGUUCGGCAAAGUCCGCAAAGUCUUCUGCCGGACUGCCAAGAACCUGGCCAUUGUGCACUUUGAUGACCACGCGUCAGCAGCGAAGGCAAAGAAGAAAGGCAAAAUGAUGCACAGACAAGAACUUCUCCUCUUGUGGCAGAGAAAGAAGCAAAGUCCGGGAGACAAAGGGAGCAGACCUGCAGCAGAGAAGGAGGAGGCGGAAGGAGAAGGUCAGGAGGACACAACGUCCAAGGCAGCUUCCUCUCCGCUCAGAAGGCCUCCUUUCAGAGGUCCUGCUAUCGGCAGCGCGAUGACCUUCAGCCGCAGCUCUCCAGUGAAGAAGUCGUCCUUGGUAAAGUCUCUCCAGUUUGACUCCGAGCCGCAGAAAGAGAGCAGCGCAGACACCCAGAGCUCGGAGCGCCCGGUCCCUUCCUCCCUCCUCCCUCUCAUCGGUCAGCUGGCUGAGACCGCCGAGGACAAGUACCGCCUCCUGGAGCAGAGAGACAAGAUCCUGCGUCAAGGUCGACCCAAACGGACGGACCUGGACCUGUCCAAGGUGUUUGUGGGAACGUGUCCUGAUAUGUGUCCGGAGAAGGAGAGGUACAUGAGGGAAACGAGGAACCAGCUCAGCGUAUACGAAGUCAUCCAAAACACAGAGAUGGUGGAUCACACAGCGGCCAUCAAAGAGUACAGUCGCUCAUCGGCCGACCAGGAGGAGCCGCUGCCCCACGACUUGCGCCCCCUGCCCGUACUCAGCAUGACCAUGGACUACCUGGUGACUCAGAUCAUGGACCAGGGCCCCGACAACUACCGGGACUGGUACGACUUUGUCUGGAACAGGACGCGCGGCAUCCGUAAGGAUAUCAUCCAGCAGCGUCUGUGCUGCCCUCACACCGUGUCACUGAUCGAGAAGUGCACCCGCUUCCACGUGCACUGCUCCCACCACCUCUGCGAGGAGCACCUUUCUACCUUCGACGCAAAGAUCAACAACGAGAACAUGACCAAGUGCCUGCAGAGUCUGAAGGAGAUGUACGAGGACCUGGCCACUCGUCAGGUCUACUGCGCCCGCGAGGCCGAGUUCCGCCAGUACAGCGUCCUGGUGAAGCUCAACGACGGCGACAUCCUGCGUGAUGUGCAGCAGUUUCGUGAUGAGGUGCGUAACUCUCCUGAGGUGAAGUUUGCGGUGCAGGCCUUCACCGCCGUCAACAACAACAACUUUGUGCGUUUCUUCAAGCUGGUGAAAGGAGCUUCAUACCUGGCCAGCUGCCUCCUGCACAGAUACUUCAACCAGGUCAGAGCGAAGGCCCUGAAAGCUCUGAACGUUGCUCACACAGUUGGUCCACGGUCGACUGCGUUUCCACUCGAUGACGUCGUUCGGAUGUUAAUGUUUCGCAGUGUUGCCGAGGCAACAGACUUCAUCCAGCAGUACGGCCUCAAUGUCAAUGACGAUGUGGUGGAGCUGAGUCGGAUCGCCUAUCAGGAGCCGGAGCUUCCUCUCUCCCAGAAGAAGUCGGAGGUCAUCCUCUCCAAGAAAAUGAUGUUGGUUGGCGAGGUGGUGAACGGAGGCCCGCUCCCUAACCCUCUGCAGCACGCUCCGGUCUGCAGCUUCGACUCCCAGAACAAGUUCAGAGGAGAGGGACCGAUGGCUCUCCCCUCCUCGAGUCAGUUUAAAGCCAUAGCAACCAAGCUGGAGGUUAAAGCUCCACCCAGUGUUGAGUUGCUGACGCAGGUCGACGUUCCCGCCGGGUUCGGUCUUCCUCCAGCUGUUACAGACGAGACGGGAGAGCCAGCGGAUUCACUUCACAGCGCGGCUCAUCCUGCAGAGUCCCAGCAGCUGUUCCAGCCGAUCGUCCAACCUCAGCCUGUCAAACCACCAUCACCUCCACCCAAACCUCAGUAUAGCGACGAGGACAUCAUGGCCGUACUAGACUGUGUUAUCGAAGAGGUGGUUGAAGCGUCAGUGAGAGACGUAGCCGAUGCCGGUGCCAGCUACACCACAACAGCACUUUCGGAGAGCAGCGUACAGGUGGACUCCAUGGUGACUGAGGUUUUGGGACAGAUGCUACAAGAAGUGUCGUCAUCUGAGAUCCAGCUGGAACAAGAUCGCGUUGCUGAGGAGAAACGCAAGCUUGAAGAAGCCAGGAGGAAGCAGGAGCACGAGGCCUUCCUGAUCCAGUUCAGCUUCUCUCUCUGCAAGGAACUCAUCUACGAAGUCAUAGACGAGACCGUCAAAGAGACCGCCACCUCUGAGAUCCAGGAAGCCGUGAAUGAGAAAACGGAGCGUGUGGCGAAAUGCACGGAGCAGGUCUGCACCAGUCUGGUUGAGGAGACUCUGAAUGCAGACAUCUCUCUGUUGGUGGAAGAAAUCCUCGAUGUUGAGCUGCAGCGGAUCCACAAGUACAUCAAAAGGUGGCGUGAUGUGGUGGCGGUGCGUCGGCAGCUGAAGAGACAGAUGAGAGGUUUCCCCGCCGCUCCUUGCUGCGUCGACCCUCGCUUCAAACUGAAGGCUCUGGCUCCUAGCGCCCCUGCACGGCCCUCCAUGGCAGAUCUGGCCUGUGGUCUGGUCAACCUGGGCAACUCAGGGACGUUAGCUCUGUCCAGCACCAGGUUGUUGAAAAUGAGACAGGAAGUGAUCCACCAGCUGAGAGUCCACUACUACUAUCAGCAGCUGCUCAAUGAGUCGGUGUGGGCGCCUCUCGACCUCUCUGCGCUGGUGACCGAAAACAUCCCCGAUCCACCGGAGAGAAUCUUCUGGAAAGCCGUUCUCCUCUUACCCAGCGAUGAUGAGAGCGUCGCCAGCCUGGCAGACAGGAUCCUCUCUGACUGGCUGGAGGUGAAGCUCGGUGGAGGCAAGAAGUCAGAAGUCAUGGAGGAGGAGAAGCAGCCUGAUGGCACGCUGCAGACCCUCUGCGUCAUCAACGCACUGCAGGAGACCGAACAGCAUGUUCACAAAGUCCACGUCAGCAUUAAGGCGUCCAGAGGUCCUCUCAUUGAAGACAGCCUCUCCAAAAUGGAGGAGUGCUGUGAUCUCCAGGGGACAGCAGCUCUAAUCAUGCUGCUACCCGCUCCACGUACCAUCGAGUCCGAGCAGGACGAGCAGGACGUUCCUCUGCUGUCAGCCCGGCUUCAGCUCAGACAGCUACAACAGGCCAGCACCUGGCACAGUCCGCUGCCUCUGGUUAUCCUGGUGCCGGGAGCUGACAGCGACACACAGAAACUAGAAGAAGACCUGAUGCUGGAUACACUCGUUAAAGAAGGCCUGAUAUCAGAAUACACCUUCCUCUUCAUACCAGAGACCACCAGUGAUCUGCAGGGAUCCAAACAGCUCAGUCACGCUAUGCAGUGGCUUCUGGCCCGUGCACCUCCACCCUUCCCCCUCUCCUGUCAGACCCUGGUGCAGCUGGUCGAGGCCAACCUGAGUCGUGAGUUCAGUCAGAGGGUUCACGCUCACCGCCAGGAGCGAGCUGCGGCGUGUCUCCCCUCCCAGGACCCCGCACCCGUCAUCCAGCUUUACAACGCUGUCCUGGAUCACAUCGCUGACAGAGUGACGUCGCAGGAUCUCUCCAGACUGUCAUGGCCGCCGGGCGAGUUCUGCCUGCCUGAUACUCGUGACUUUGUCCCUCAUCUGGGUUGGAACUCGGCCUCGCACAUGGACUGGCUACGGAAAGCCAUCCUGAGCCUGAAGCUUCCGCAGUGGAAUCAAAUGUCUAACACAGAUUCGUGGCCUGAACUCUGCUCCUCCGUCUUACAUUACGCUGCUCAGAUCCCGGUCUCACGCAACAGUCAGCCCCUCAUAAUGUCACGCUUGGAAAACCUGCUGGAAAGAGUCCGACUAAAGGGUCGCCAUAGCAGAACCCCAAGAUACAAAAUAGCCGUGGGCAGCUGGGGCGACGGAGACCAGAGUUCCUGUCAGAUCCCCUGGGAUGACGUGCUGGUGAUUUGCAUAGACCACAAGCUGAAGGACUGGCAGGUACCUGGACCCCCAGUCUGUGAAGAUGCUGUGACGGAGGACGGGGAGAUCCUGGUUUACUUCCUCACAGAGUCGUUGAAGGGCUUCCAGCCGCCUGAAGAAUGGACCGAGGCCGUCAGACAAACCCACAGAGAGAAGCAGCAGGAGAACAAAGGGGCGAGCGCAGCUGCUUGUGCCACACCCACCAGUCUGUCUCUCAGGCAGCGGUUGUUCAGCAAUCCUUUGGAGCCUUUCAAGGCCCCGACGGCGCCGCUGGACGUCUCACACACUCCCACAUCGGAGGAGCUGCUGGCCCACAAAGUCCUCCGGGGGUUAGAAGAGGAGAAGGCUGAAAGCAAAAGGAGCAUGGAGCAGCUUCAGCGCUGGCUGGACGGUGACGCCUUCGACCACUUGUCUACUCCGCUUUUCAUUCCUUCCUCCACCCUGCUGUCCAUGCCCACAAUCCUAUCGCACGCACCCGCAGCCAAGACUCGAGACGCCGCUCUCACAGAGGAAUCGGAGCCUGAUGAGCUGUCAGAGAAAGCAGACUGGCCCAAGACCGCUCCUGUAUCGAUGGCGUGGCGACUGAAGGAACUCGAGCAACAGAUUUUGGCAAGCCAAGAAGAAGAAUUAGCCUGCAGACUGAAGCUGAAUGGUCUGCUGAGCAUCGUGGAUGACUGAUGAACUGUUCGUUUCAAUUUAGGGUUUCUUUUUUUUUGUAACUGUUUGAAAACUGAGGACAACCAAACCUGUCUGCUUACAAUAGAGAGUAUUUUUGAUUUCAUUGAUGAAAUUAUGGCGACUCUGAGCUCUCUUUGUUGUCAGUUUUUCUUCUUGGACUGUUGAGGUCAUCAGUGUGUGUGUGUGUGUGUGUGUGAGGUCUGAGUUUGUACAAGAAGGAGAAAAAUCAAGAAGUUCUGUUUAAUUUUCUGCCAUUGACUUUGCAUGUGUAAUUUAAACACAUGUGCAAGUGCAUAUACAAUGUCUAAGAUUAUGUUAUUUUGCAUAGACCUCAUUCUUAUAGUUCAGAAAUUGGUGAAAAGUUGCUUUUUGUCUCUUUUAAACACCUGUUGAAUGAUUUAUAUUUGUUAAACCAGUUACAACCAACCUUCAGUUUUGUUUGUUUU